AUGUCCUACCAAAAGGAAUUGCUGGUGGCCCAGUUGGCGGUUCAGAGAGCUUCCAUCUUGACCCAAAACGUGUUUCACGAGAAGGCCAAAGGCACCUUGUCCAAGGACGAUUUCUCCCCCGUAACGAAAGGGGACUUUGGCGCCCAGGCCUUGAUCAUUCAAGCAAUCCGCACAAACUUCCCUGAAGAUGAAAUUGUGGCAGAGGAAGAGGCGAGUUCCCUUCGCGAGAACGAUUCGUUGAGAAACGAGAUGUGGAAUCUUGUCAAGGAUAUCAAGCUCACCGACGACGAAAGCGACCGAAUUCUCGGCGGGCCCUUGAAGAAUGAGACCGAAAUGCUUGAAGCUCUCGACGGCGGAAAGAGCGAGGGUGGCCCCAAGGGCAGAAUAUGGGCCUUGGACCCCAUCGACGGCACAAAGGGUUUCCUCCGUGGUGGACAGUAUGCGGUCUGCCUUGGCCUCAUUGUAGACGGUGAUGUCAAGGUCGGCGUGAUUGGAUGCCCAAACCUUCCUCUUUCUGAUUCUGCAACGCUCUCUGCAGAAAUUGGCCAGUCUGGUGCCGCAGAUGCAGAGACCGGUGUUCUCUUCUCUGCUGUCAAGGGACAGGGAGCCACCAGCCGUCCACUUUCCCAGGGCGCUUUGCCAGAGGGCAAAGCGAUUUCCAUGAGGCCAGUCACGGAUAUCUCCCAGGCCUGCUUCUGCGAGGGCGUUGAGGCCGGUCACUCCGCCCAGGACGAUAACGCCGAAGUCGCCAGACGCCUUGGAAUCACCUCACCCAGCGUGCGCCUGGAUUCGCAAGCCAAGUACUGCUCAAUUGCUCGCGGUGCCGGCGAUAUUUACCUCAGAUUACCAGUCAAGGCCGAUUACCAGGAGAAGAUUUGGGACCACGCCGCAGGAGAUUUGCUUGUACGCGAAGCUGGAGGCGAUGUCACUGACAUCACUGGCAAGAGACUUGACUUCAGCAUUGGUAGGAAGCUGUCGGGCAACAAGGGUGUGGUGGCAGCACCGAAACCUAUUUUCGAGCAGGUUAUCAAUGCGGUUCGCGCUGUAUAUGCAGCAAAGGCGUCGAUCUAG